UUCACAAAAUGAUCUCUUCUGCCCCACUUCACAGCAAUCCCCACACCGAUAGUUCAUAUUUUAAUGUCUCAGCUGCAUGCAAAAACCUCUUGUUCAUUCUCAACACAUGGGAUCCAGACCGAAAAGCAGAUGCUACCCGCGCGGCGGACGGACUUUUUAGAGCUAUGCAAUCCUUGGAAUUUCUGGAGCCAAGCUCAGAAGGCUGCCAGCUGAAGGAAACUGAAAUAGAUCUGAAACAUACGAUUGAUGCGCUUUUGAGUGGGAAAGACGCAUAUGCGGCUAAAGCUGCGAGGAUUACUGUCAAAUUGUUGAAUGAUCUGGCGAAACAAACCAAUAACGAACACCAUAGAAGAUGGAGGACACCAACAGCAUCUUGUAGUCAAAUUGGUGGGAAUAUCAUUGCAAAAAGAUAUUCUACAGAAACUUUUGAACAGCACACUGGUCAGAUGGAUAUCAGCAACGCCAUAUCGGUCCUUUCCAGGGACAUUAACGAGCUCCGGAGACUAAUCGUUCAUACAAAUCAGAAGCAUCCAGAGACAGUGAACGCCGCUGUUUGUUUGCGAAAAGAGUGUAGCUCGCAACCUCCAGAUGCAUCAACUCCAAACGUCCGAACAACUGUUUCACCAAACGCUUUGCAAGGACAGUUAACGGAGCUUCAGGAACUAAGACGAUCUAUCGCCGUUCUCAAACAAUUAUUCAAGGAAACCCAACACCGCACAACACAAACAAUCACACAUAUUAGCGCCCAGGUUCGCCUCAUGCAAAACCGUCAAACAUCCACCCUGAAUCCCGCACGAACAGCAUUGCUAUUAGAGAAGGAAAAGAUGGCUCGUGAAUCUACGGCCAUUAAUAGCCGGCUGGAUCAGCUCAAGCAAAUUGUGGAAACAUUGAGAGUGGACGUGACUCGACGGAUGAGGCCCAGCCAAAGCCGACUACGGGCAGCCUGGAAGGAGGCCCUUGCUAUACAAGAGAGCGUAAAUAAAUUCACAGAGUACAUAGGGCAAGUCCGGCCCACAUGGAAGAAAACAUGGGAAGACGAACUCCAAGGAAUUGUACGGGAACAAGCGUUUUUGAAAGCACAGGAAGGACUCGCUAUGAAUAUGGAAGAGAGCCAUUCGGAUCUACUCGAUAUGCUGCAAACGGUGGCGCGGUUUUUAGAGCUCUCAGAUUCUACCGGACCGUCGGCGCCCGAUCCAUACAAUGUUCCGCUUGAUGUUAUGAGCGCAGAUGAAGUUCAAGAAGUAGGCCUCUCGCAAGUGCUCGAGCAAAUACGACUUGCAGCUAGUGACGAUGAUAGUGAGCGACGCCUACAGGCCUUGGAGAAUCUACAAAAGAUAAAGUUAUGGGAAAAGAACGCAGAGAAGGCAGAGGGAAACGACUUUGAGGACGAGUUGGUGCAGAUGGUGCGUACAGGAGCCUUGAAGAAGACUGGUGGAGUGGAAGAGGUGGAAAGGAUCAGAGCACAAAAGGAUGCUGCAAAUAUACGAGCAAAUUUCCGAUAACAAGAACCAGUGCGCUAUUCAGUUGUUCUAUUUAGCGCGAGCGACG